AUGUCUCAGCCCGCCCCUCUCCGCCUCGGCAGCGUCGCGCCCAACUUCCAGGCCAAGACCACGGCCGGCGACAUUGACUUUCACGAGUUCAUUGGCAACAACUGGGUCAUCCUCUUCUCGCACCCCGAGGACUACACCCCCGUGUGCACCACCGAGUUGGGCGCCUUUGCCAAGCUCCAGCCCGAGUUCGAGAAGCGCGGCGUCAAGCUGAUCGGUCUCUCUGCCAACACCAUCGAGUCGCACGAGGGCUGGAUCAAGGACAUUGAUGAGGUGACCGGCGGCAAGGUCACCUUCCCCAUCAUUGGCGACAAGGAGCGCAAGGUCGCCCUGGCCUACGACAUGAUCGACCACCAGGACGCUACCAACGUCGACGAGAAGGGCAUUGCCUUCACCAUCCGCUCCGUCUUCUUCAUUGACCCCAACAAGAAGAUCCGGACCAUCCUCUCCUACCCCGCCUCUACCGGCCGUAACGCCGCCGAGGUCCUCCGCAUCAUCGACUCUCUCCAGACCGGUGACAAGUACAAGAUCACCACCCCUAUCAACUGGGUUCCCGGUGACGAUGUGAUCGUCGCGCCGUCGGUCAAGAACGAGGAGGCCAAGGAGCUGUUCCCCAACUUCCGCAUCGUGAAGCCCUACCUGCGCUUCACUCCCCUUCCCAAGGCGUAA